GGCAGGAUGAAUUUGGGCCGAUCGAUACGCAUCAAUAAGUGUGGGGUGGUGAUACUGGGACUGCUGUUUAUGUGCAUACUGUACUACCUCUGGAACAGCAAUGCGUCAACCAGUGCGACCUAUGCGUUCAGUAAAAAUCCGAACGAAAUCAAUCUGCGCAAAUUGCUGAUCGGUUCGAUACAGGCCGCCCAGCACGGCGGUUUCGAGGUGGUGGCUGUCUCGAAAUCGCGCGAUCUGCACGAACAAAGCAAAGGCAAAACGAAGGAAGGUGCCAACAAUCCGGUCACCGAUGCGGACUAUCGGUCAAACUGUGUAAUGAAGAAUGGAUUGUUGCGAAUAUUUCCCAAGCUGAAGGUAAUCUCCGAGGAGGAUGAUCGGCAGGAGCAGUGUGCUGAGGUACAACUGUUCGAUCUCGAUCCUACCGUGCUGCCGGAAAGCGUAACCGUACCGGACGAGCGCGUAAACAUCGACGAGGUGGAUGUGUGGAUAGAUCCGCUGGACGCCACGCAGGAGUACACUGAGCGACUCCAUGAGUACGUCACCACGAUGGUAUGCGUAGCGGUGAAAGGUGUUCCAACGAUUGGCAUCAUCCACAAUCCUUUCACCAUGAAAACGACCUGGGCCUGGCGCGACCGGGCACUGUCAGAAUCGUUGGCAAAUCUGAAGCACGAUGCCGACGUUAAGCAUCCAACCAUUAUCGUGUCCCGUUCGCAUGCCGGUGCAGUAAAGGAGCAGUCGAAACAAAUUUUCGGUGAAAACGCACAAGUUAUUACGGCCGGUGGAGCUGGCUUCAAAGUGCUCCAGGUGAUACAGAACAACGCUACGGCGUACCUACACACAACGCACAUCAAAAAGUGGGACAUUUGCGCUGGCGAUGCCAUACUUGGUGCCAUCGGUGGUCGGAUGAGCGAUUUGCACAAUGAGAAUAUAGUGUACCACCGGGAUACACCGGCGCUCAACCCGAACGGACUGCUGGCUGCGGCCCUUUCCUCAACGCACGAAGCGUACAUUAAGCGAAUAGUGGAAAGCAAACAUUUUGUACGGUAG